CUGGAAGUCAACCACUCACGGCGCCUCGACAUCUCUCUGGUUCGAUCCAUUUUCAUCGGCAUUGUCGUUUUAUUUCCUCCAAAUUCUCAGAUCCAUGGAAUCGGAAAUUCCCCCUCCCAACGACUCUUAUGUGUCAUCCAAGUCGACACGAGAUGACCCACCCAUCUUGCGAGUGAUGCUAGAGAUAUCUACCACUAUCUUUUCUUGGACCCUCAUCGCUAAUGAGCAGGAUUGCUGCUAUGACACCCCCUGGAUUCUCUCUCAAGUCUGUCAACAAUGGAGAGACAUCACACUAUCAUACCCUGAAUUAUGGACUCAUGUUCGUAUCCAGAGGUCACAGACUAGCUAUUUUUCAUAUCCAGCAGGUCGGAUCCAUCAGCUAAAAACGUCCCUCGUCCUAUCCCAAUCCUCCCCUCUCCGUAUCUGGUACGAGGCAAGAAGUGAUCCUAAUGGACAUCUUUGGAAUGUGCUCUUGGAUUAUUGUCGUCACUGGGGCACCAUUAAAAUCUAUGCCACAGAUUACUUUUUUGAUCAUUUUCGCAAGCCACAAAUACAUGCCCUUCCUUUGCUGGAGCGAUUCCACAUUUUCCACUCUUUCCAUUCCUACGGUAUUAGUUCUAGGAUUGUGCUUGAUGAGGACAUCGUGGACGCACUUGCUACAGCUCCCCGUCUCCAUGAUAUCCUCUUGGUUGGCUUCAAAUCUCCAACCUCCCUCAGUCUCCCUUGGUUGCAACUGACCGAUAUUGAUUUUCCUUGCGGAUCCCCCCAAGGUGACAUCAAUAUUUUACGCAAGGCCCCAAACUUGCAACGGUUAUCUCUCCGAGGUAAUACAUACAAUCUCAGCCUACCCGCUCCCAUCAUACACAGAUCAUUGUGCCACCUGACCACACCUGUCUCCGCACUGCCGUAUCUUACACUUCCUAGACUGGAACACUUAUUCGCUAUUACUCCCCCAGGCACCAUUCCGUCGCCUACCCCGGCUAUCCACAAGUUCAUCAUACGCUCUCAAUGCGCUUUGCGAAACUUGCAUUUGAAGAACGUUACUAUCGAUCAGUCUCUCAUCGAUCUGAUGAAGGAUGCACCCACAGCCAAGGUGUUCCGCCUCGAAGCCAGGCGUUGCUCACUGGAUGCAUUCGAUGCAUUCAGCGAAUCCCUCACAUAUUCAGAGGGAGACAGGCCCAUGCUUCUUCCUCAUCUUGUGGACCUUCACAUCACGGCAGGCUCUGUCCUGCCUGUCACCUAUGCAUUCAUAAUGAUGGUGCAGUCAAGGUGGUAUGUUGAUCGAACUCGGGCUGUGCAGCUACGCUCCCUAAACGGUGUGGAUCUUGAUGAUCAGAUGUUGCCUGAUGAUGCAAAGUUAUUAACGCAAGUAGAUGAGGAGAGAUUUCAGUUCUAUAUUGGUGUAUGUGGGGGUGUCAUACUUGUAAAAGAAGAUCCCUAUGAAUAGAAGGUGCUAUCUGGUUUUGACUAGAUAUUUUUGAUACAUUGGCCAGUUCACCUCUUAGUUGACUACCUGUACAUUUAUGUAUUAUUAUGUUUUCUUCCUUUUGCAAGCCUUUGUGUUCUGCAUCUUGUUCUGUUUUCAUCAAGUUCUUUUCCCUCUUUUGUCUGGUAGUCACAUUCUCUGUGUCUUAUUUUCUACAGAAAAUCUGCUGCCAUUAUUGAAGCAAAG